AUGGCUAGUGGUUUGCGGAUAUUGGUGCCCGUGAAACGGGUCAUUGACUAUGCGGUCAAACCGCGCAUCAACAAAGCCCAGACGGGCGUCGAAACCGCCGGCGUCAAGCACUCGAUGAACCCAUUCGACGCCCUCUCAAUUGAAGAAGCCGUGCAGCUCCGCGAGCGCAAGGGCCCGAUCAAAGUCGACGACAUCCUCACCCUGGCCGCCGGCGGCCCCAAGUGCCCGGACGUGCUGCGCACCGCCAUGGCCAUGGGCGCCGACCGGGCCUUCCACAUCGAUGUUCCCGAGGGCGCGGGCGACGGCGGGCCCGAGCCGCUGACCAUUGCCAAGAUGCUGCGCGGCGUCGUCGAGAAAGAGAACAUCAAUCUCGUGCUGCUGGGCAAGCAGGCUAUCGACAGCGACCAGGGCCAGACCGGCCAGAUGCUCGCGGGUCUGCUGGGCUGGCCGCAGGCGACCCAGGCUAGCAAGGUGGAUGUCAAAGAUGAGUCCGGGACUGUCGAGAUUACUCAUGAGGUCGAUGGUGGUGUGGAGACUCUGCGUGCGAAGCUGCCACUGGUUGUCACGACGGAUCUGCGCUUGAAUGAGCCGCGCUAUGCUAUUCUUCCCAAUAUCAUGAAGGCUAAGAAGAAGCCGCUGGACAAGAAGACUCUGGCUGAUUUCGGAGUUGAGGAUACCCGCCGGUUGAAGACGCUCAAGGUGACCGAACCCCCGCCCCGGAAGGGUGGUGGCAAGGUGGAGGACGUCGACGGCCUCGUCUCCAAGCUGAAGGAGCUGGGUGCGCUGUGA